AUGCUCGCUCCAGGCAAACUGAUAGUCAAUACCUACAACCUGCUGGUCGUCGUAUUUGUAGCACUAGGGACUUUAGCAACCGCCUACGGCCUAGCAGUGAUCGGCUCAACUGUCGGCCAGCCAAGUUUCUACACAUACUUCAACCUCGCCACCCAAGGUGAACCUGGCUAUGCUCACACCAGCAACAUCAUCGGCGCCCUCAACGGCGUCAACAGCGCGGGUGCCAUCCUCGGCUGUCUGACCUCAGCAUGGACAGCAGAUAAAUACGGCCGUCGGCGCACCAUUCAGCUCGGCUGCGCUAUCCUCAUUCUUGGAGGCGCACUAUGUUCCGGCGCCGCUAAUAUAGGCAUGUUCCUCGCCGGCCGCGUAAUAGCGGGCAUGGGAGCAGGCAUCCUUGCGGUCGUGGUACCGAUGUAUCAGAGUGAGGUUUCCACCGCAGAGACGAGGGGAGCGAUGACUUGUGUGACCGGAAUCAUGUAUGCUUUUGGCUAUUCCUUGUCCGGAUGGGUGGGCUUCGGGUGCUAUUUCUUUCCUCCGGACUCCGUGCAUGCGACAUUCGGAUGGCGCUUUCCGCUGGCAUUGCAGUGUCUACCGCCAUUGAUCGUGUUGGCUGGGAGUAACUUCAUUCCGUACUCACCUCGAUGGCUACUGGGUCAAGAUCGAAGAGAAGAAGCAUUCGAGGUAGUGCAACAUCUGCAUGCAUCACGGGGAGAUCCGGACCACAUCGCCGCUCGACAGGAGUUCUACCUCAUGGAGAAGCAAUUCGACCUUGACAAACAGUACAAGCCACGCUUCCUCGAGAUCUUCCGCACGAAAGCCAACCGUCGCCGCUCUCUUGUCGCCACCAUCUUGAUGGCUGGAGAUCAAUUCCUUGGGAUAUUCGUGAUGACGAAUUACGGCGUUCUGAUCUAUGCAUCCCUGGGAUUGACAGGUUUCAAACCCCUACUACUGAAUGCCUGUUGGACAACCUUCACCAUCAUCGGCAAUAUCUGGACAGCACUUUACGUUGACCGCUAUGGCCGGAAGACCUUCUUGCUCAUCGGUACAUGCGGUGUCACAACCGCCAUGAUCUUCCUCUGUGCUCUGACUGCGACAUAUCUCGGAACGACCAAUACUGCCGGCUUGAACGCCGCUGUUUUCUUCGUGUGGUUCUUCAUUUUAUGGUGGUGUUUCUUCAUCGAUGCUACGCAAUACGUCUACGUCUCGGAGAUUUGGCCGAACAAUCUGAGGUCUCAGGGAACGGCACUGGGAAUAGCAAUGUUCUAUCUUGCUAGUGAAGUGACACUCGUUGCCGCGCCGCCAGCUCUGGACAAAAUUGGGUGGCGAUUCUACCUCGUCCUCAUUUGCCCUUCGAUAUGCUAUAUCAUAGCUAUCUGGUUCCUAUUCCCGGAAACCAAAGGCAGAACUCUCGAAGAAAUUGGUACACUGUUUGGCGAUGAGCAUGUGGCUUCGCAUUGGUAUGGUAUCAGUGAUGCGGAGAAGGAGGAGAUUGCUAGGAAUGCGCUCAAACUUACCAAGUCCGGGGGGAUACCGGAGGACUCACGUGAGAUGUCCUCGUUGGGCGCGGUUGAGGGGAAAGGAGGUGGGGAGAUGGUUGAACGUGCUAGGUGA